AUGGGAUUAACACUACAAGUCGACACUGACGAUAAGUACGUCAGCCGCGAGGAGAACGACUGGCUACAAUAUCAGGAACAGGCCGACUCGGACAGUGACUCGGAUUCAGACGAUGAUUUCUUCGACAGCAAAUCAAAUAACCCAUUCAUCCGAGCUAGCUCUGUCGCCUUAAACUUGACGAAGAAAUGUGACACGUUCCUCGCCAAGGUAGGGAUGCGAAAGGCUGAAAUACACCGUCACCCCCAGACCGGGAAUUGCAUGACCUGUGGAGGUAUGGACAAAGGGUUCUUCUCUCCAAUCACGGAUAUCGAGAAGGGGGCCAUAGCUGGGUGCCCGUCUUGCAACAUCAUCAACGCUGGCGUGCGAGCAUGUCUACCAAGGCACAUUGCCACCAGCUCAAAAGUCUCUGUGAUGGAGAACUGGAACUCAGGAUGUGCUGGACGCCAGUUUAUCCGAACGAAUAAGAGAUCAGCGACGAUGGCAGGGGCGUACGGUGUCAUCGUUGUCAGGAGUGGCCAUCUAGACCUGAGCAAUAUCUUUGUCCCCUCGACGGAUAUACAAGACGAAGUUGUUGCCGAACUUAACUUCUUUGGUACUAAAGAGGACCCCGCAUCGUGGGACUCCGUCGGCGUCGCUUACCACAUAUCCGGAGACACAUCUUCCGAGGCAGCUUUUCAAUGGUUCCAAGCUCGUCUCAGGCACUGCAUUUCAGAGCACUCGUUAUGUAGGGCAGCAGAUAACGGCAGUCGAAUGCCGACCCGCGUUCUGGACCUAGGAGCUUUCGAUGGUCACCCCGGGGGUUCACAAGAGACAACUGAUAGUGACAUUCGACUUCACGAGACCCAAGGUACUUGCGACAGAUAUGUCUGCUUGAGCUACUGCUGGGGAGGCACCAUAGAUAUCCGCUUGACCAAGGAUCGAUAUCGUUCCUACAUGCACCGGAUCACUUGGUCAUCUUUGCCUGAAGGGUAUCGCGAUGCUAUCAGACUGACUCGCAAGCUGGGAAUCCGCUACAUCUGGAUUGACUCGCUCUGUAUCAUUCAGGACGACAAGGACGAUUGGAGAGCAGAGGCAGCUCAUAUGGCAUCGGUCUUUCAAGGCGCUUAUGUCACCAUUUCAGGAACAAAAUCUUCGAACCCUCACCAGAGCUACUUCACCCACAGCGAAAGUAAAUACAAAGCAAAAAGGGUAGAGCAUCGUGAUGGCAAGGGGAAGACAUGGCACGCAAACGUGCGGCGGACCGUUCCGCACUUCUUCUCAUCCGACGCAUCUGGUGAACCAAACUACAGCCUCGGCGACUUCCCUUUGCUGAACCGUGGUUGGGUGUUCCAGGAGCGUCUCCUGUCUCCCCGAAUCCUACACCUUGGUGAUGUAGAGAUGGCUUGGGAGUGUAAUGAGGUCUGCGCCUGCGAGUGUAUGGGAGAGACCACAAUAUACGACACCGAACCAAGAUGGGCGCAUACCAAGGGUGCUCACGUACGAAACUUGUCAUCUGCGAUCGAGGCCAAAGAGCUGUAUCCGGAUUGGCGCAGUACAGUGGAGAACUACAAAAGGACGAGGCUCACUUAUCAGAGUGACAUCCUUCCGGCCAUUGCAGGCGUGGUAAAGAAUAUGUCGAGGUACAGGAAAGACAAGUACCUAGCCGGGAUCUGGGAAGACAGCUUGCUCGACGAUCUCGCCUGGCAGGCUACCCAAAGCGUUCUUCCUCGACCGGACGCUUGGACGGCUCCGACGUGGUCAUGGGCAUCUGUGACAUCAAGGAUAAACUAUUCCAACCUACGUACGAUCUUGGCACACAAGUUUAUGGAAGAAGCCGACCCGAAAAUGCAAAGGACCGUGGUCAUUGAAGCUUCAACGGAGUCUGCGGGAGCAGAUCCAACGAUGGAGGUCAUCUCAGGCCACAUAGUGUUAUUCGGCCCAAUGAUCACAGCACGCCUAGAGUGUGAUGGGGAGAGCAAAGCGGACGCUCCUGUACAGACCUAUUUCGCUCUACACGGCAGCACGUUGUUUGAAAUAGCUCCUGACUACAACUUUUGGGCGCCGGGCAAAGAUCGUGUGCCGCUUGGCAGCACCAUUUAUCUCUUACACCUGUGCAGAGAGCCCGAACUUCGGAACAAGAACGGCACAGGCUAUAAGAAAAUGCCGACCAAAGUAUUUUCUCUCGUUCUUCGAAAGGUGGAUAAAGACGAAGACACUUUCGCCGUCAGCGAUUCAAGCAAAAAAGGCAAGAUCAAGGACGACCAUUCGCCAUUGAGCUCAGGCGACGGAACCACGGUUGCUCAAAGUGAUGGUCGCAUGGACUUGCGCCUGUCAUACUGA